AUGAUCUGGAUCAUCCUGGCCCUGCCUGUAUGGGCGUGGCGUGGGACUGUUGGCGACGCCCAGUCUAACGAGCGGCGAGUCGUGGCACACAUCCCCGGUGACAUCAUCAUAGGAGCCCUGUUCUCUGUCCAUCACCAGCCGACAGCGGACAAGGUACACGAACGUAAAUGUGGCUCGGUGCGCGAGCAGUACGGUAUCCAGCGUGUUGAGGCCAUGCUGCACACUCUAGACCGUAUCAACGCUGACCCCCGUAUCCUCCCCAACAUCAGCCUGGGCUGUGAGAUAAGAGACUCCUGCUGGCACUCUGCUGUGGCCCUGGAGCAGAGCAUUGAGUUCAUACGAGACUCCCUGGUGUCCUCCGACGAGGCCGAGGUGGGGGGAGGCAGUGUGUGGGGGGGCGGCGGGGGAGGAGCCGACGGGAGGGGAGGGCCGAGGUGUGCGGACCCUGCUGCAACCCCCAUGCGGGGGAAGAAGCCCAUCGUCGGGCUGAUAGGACCAGGCUCCAGCUCUGUGGCCAUCCAGGUCCAGAACCUCCUACAGCUCUUCAACAUACCCCAGAUCGCCUACUCUGCUACCAGCAUGGACCUCAGUGACAAAAGUUUGUAUAAGUACUUUAUGAGGGUGGUGCCAUCGGAUGCUCAGCAGGCCAGAGCCAUGGUGGACAUUGUCAAGAGAUACAACUGGAGCUACGUCUCUGCCAUCCACACAGAGGGUAACUACGGGGAGAGUGGGAUGGAGGCAUUCAAGGAUAUGGCUGCCAAGGAGGGCAUCUGCAUCGCCCACUCUGGUAAGAUCUGGAGCAACGCAGGGGAGAAGAGUUUUGAUAGGCUGCUGGAGCGUCUCAGAACCCACCUGCCCAAGGCCAGGGUGGUAGCCUGUUUCUGUGAGGGCAUGACAGUCAGGAACAUCCUCAUGGCCAUGAGACGACAGGGACUGGUGGGGGAGUUCCUACUGGUCGGCAGUGAUGGCUGGGCGGACCGGUACGAUGUGACAGAUGGUUACGUGCGCGAGGCGGCGGGGGGAAUCACCAUCAAGCUGCAGUCAGCUGAUGUGAAGUGGUUUGAUGAGUACUACCUGAAGCUACGGCCGGACAACAACCUGAGAAACCCCUGGUUCCCUGAGUUCUGGCAACAUCGCUUCCACUGUAGGUUGAAGGGACACCCACAGGAGAGCCUCAAGUUCAACCGUACUUGCAACAAGCGGGAGUCAUUGCGACAGCAGUAUGCCCAGGACACUAAGAUGGGCUUUGUGAUCAAUGCCAUCUACUCCAUGGCCUAUGGGCUCCAUAACAUGCAGCGCUCACUGUGCCCAGGCUAUCAGGGACUGUGUGACGCAAUGAGACCAAUAGAUGGCGCUACACUGCUGGACUUCCUGAUGAAGACGAACUUCACAGGCGUGUCUGGAGAGGGCAUCCUGUUUGACGAGAACGGAGACUCACCUGGCCGAUAUGAGAUCAUGAACUUUAAGAAGAUGGGCAAGGACUACUAUGACUAUAUUAACGUAGGGAGCUGGGACAACAGUGGGCUGAAGAUCGAUGACGAUGAAAUCUGGGCCAGCAAGGACACCAUCAUCAAAUCAGUCUGCAGCGAACCCUGUGACAAGGGACAGAUAAAGGUGAUCCGUAAAGGAGAGGUGAGCUGCUGCUGGACCUGCACUCCCUGUAAGGAGAAUGAGUUUGUGUUUGAUGAGUACACCUGCCGAGCCUGUGACCUGGGCUCUUGGCCCACCUUCCACCUCACAGGCUGUGACCCUAUCCCAGUGGAGUACCUGCGCUGGGGGGACCCAGAGCCCAUCGCUGCUGUGGUCUUUGCCUGUCUGGGACUUUGUGCCACAUUCUUCGUCACCUCCGUCUUCAUCAGGUUCCGGGACACUCCGGUGGUGAAGUCGUCUAGCCGAGAGCUGUGUUACAUCAUCCUGGCUGGGAUCUGUCUGGGUUAUCUGUGUACCUUCAGUCUCAUCGCCAAGCCCCAUGAUGCACACUGCUACCUACAGAGACUGGGCAUAGGCCUGUCCCCUGCCAUGAGCUACUCUGCCCUGGUCACCAAGACUAACCGUAUCGCCCGUAUCCUGGCUGGCAGUAAGAAGAAGAUCUGUACAAAGAAGCCCAGGUUCAUGUCUGCCUGCGCCCAGCUCAUCAUCGCCUCUCUACUCAUCCUGCUGCAGCUGGGCAUCAUAGUGGCUCUCUUCCUCAUGGAACCCCCACAGGUGAUCCACGACUACCCCAGCAUCCGGCAGGUCAACCUCAUCUGUUACACCACCAACCUGGGCGUGGUGGCGCCGCUGGGCUACAACGGCCUGCUGAUCCUGAGCUGCACCUUCUACGCCUUCAAGACGCGUAACGUCCCGGCCAACUUCAACGAGGCCAAGUACAUCGCCUUCACCAUGUACACCACCUGUAUCAUCUGGCUGGCCUUCGUGCCCAUCUACUUCGGUUCCAACUACAAGAUCAUCACCAUGUGCUUCAGCGUCAGCCUCAGUGCCACUGUGGCGCUCUGCUGCAUGUUCGCACCCAAGGUGUAUAUCAUCCUGGCCAAGCCGGAGCGUAACGUGCGCAGUGCUUUCACUACGAGCACGGUAGUACGCAUGCAUGUGGGCGAUGGGAAGUCCUCCUCAGCCGCCAGCCGCUCCUCCAGCCUGGCCAACCUCUGGAGGCGACGCGGCUCCGCCGGAGAGACACUCAGCUCCAAUGGAAAGUCAGUAUCUUGGGCCCAGACGGAGCGGGGUUCCCGUGGAAACCACCUGUGGCAGCGCCUGUCGUUCCACAUCAAGAGGAAGGAGAAUAACCAGACAGCUGUCAUCAAGCCCUUCUCCAAGACCCCCGAGGGGCGCUACAGUGGGGGUGCUGACCUGCUCCCCCACAUGCCCUUGCCCUCCCUACCACACUCCCACUCUGAUGCAGACAAGACUCUGUAUGAACUCACAGAGGCAGAGGAGAGAUACCCCGAGGAGAGAUACCCAAUCACCUACCGGCCUCAGACCCCUUCACCAAUCAGCACUGUCAGCCAGCGCAUGCAUGGGGCGGGACUAAGGGACGAGCCACUUGUCAUGGGCGUACCAAGCUACCUGACCGGGGGUUCUGUCGGCGGGGGCGAUGUGUGUGACAGUUCUCUGAUGGAUCAGAUCAGCUGCGUGGUUAACCGUUUCACUGCCAACAUCAGCGAGCUCAACAGCAUGAUGCUCUCCCCGUCUCCCACACACUCACACACACACUCUCACACACACGCCCACACACACACCCUGACGCCCUCCCACCAUGCAGACCCCUUCCUCCUCCCCCGGGAGAUCCCCCUCCCCCCCACCAUGACCACAUACGCUGACGUCCAGCCCAUCCCCCCUGUAGAGUCCAACGUAGGUGGAUGCGCCUGCCUCGCUCACCCCCUGCCUCACUCCCCUCACCGUCUCCCUCAGCCUCAGCCUCACCCCCUGCCUCACCCUCACCCCCUGCCUCACCCUCAGGCCUCCCCAUCUCCAGUGCGACACCUCACUGCGGGGGCGGGGUCCCCUUUAAGGAGGGCAGAGCUGGAAGAGGAGCUAAUGAAUCUGACCCCGCCCUCGCCCUUCCGUGAUUCGCUGGGGUCGGGCAGUGGCUCCCCGGUCUCAGAGUCCACCCUGUGUCUACCUCCGCCCUCGUCCCCUCCACCCAAAUACGAAAUGCUGACCCUGAGAAACUACAGCCAGAGCUCUUCCUCACUGUGA